AUGGCAGACAAAAAAGAAACCGAGGAGGUUGACUAUACCCUCAACAACCCAGAUACGCUCACGAAAUACAAGAGUGCUGCUCAAAUUUCGCAGAAAGUCCUCGAGGCAGUUUCUGCCCUCUGCUUAGCCGGCGCGAAGGUUGUUGAAAUAUGUGAGAAGGGCGACAAGCUCUUGGAGGAAGAGAUCUCAAAGGUCUACCGUGGAAAGAAAAUCAUCAAGGGAAUUUCCCACCCAACCACCGUUUCCCCGUCCGCAUUCGUCACCCCAUACACCCCACUCAAAACCGAUGAGUCCGAAGCAGCAGUCGAGUUAAAGGAAGGAGAAGCUGUUAAGAUUCAGCUCGGAGCUCAAAUCGAUGGUUUCGGAACUAUUGUCUGCGACACCAUCAUCGUUGGCACAAUUCCAGAAGGUCGAAGCGCUGAUCUCAUUCUUGCGACACAUUAUGCAAAUGAACUUCUGUUAAGAUUGAUGGUUCCACCAGGACUUCUUACAGCAGGGACAGAUGAAGAAAAGGCAAAGGCUGCCAAGGUCAAGGCACCUAGCCAAAGCAAGAUCACCAGUCUUCUGGAGAAGGUCGUCAAGAGUUACGACUGCAACUUGGUUGAGCACACCACCAGUUGGCAAUUUGAGAGAAACGAGAUUGAAGGCAAGAAGAAGAUCAUUCUUGCGCCCGGGGAUGGAACCAAGGGUGAAGGUACUCCAGAGGUAGGAGAUGUCUGGGGUGUGGAGAUGGGUGUGUCUCUGGGGUCCGGAAAGAUCAAGAACUUUGAGAACAGGGCGACCCUUCAUCGCCGGACCACAUUGACUUACGCUCUCAAACGGCCCAGUUCCAAGAAGAUCUUGAAUGAAGUUGUCAAGAAGUUUGGUGUUUUCCCCUUCAGUUUGAGGCAGUUGGAGGACGAGAGAGAUGCCAAGGUUGGUGUUGUUGAGUGCGUCCGAGGCAAUGUUUUCAGACAAUACGAGGUCGUUGGUGACAAGGAUGGAGAAGCUGUUGGUCGUCUACUUACGACCAUUGCUAUCACCAAGAACGGUCUCCAAAAGCUUGCAGCACCACCAACACCAGAUUUCGACAAGAUAAAAUCUGACAAGAAAAUCACCGACGAGGAAGUCCUCAAGAUCCUCGAGCAGCCUCUCGCCAAAGAGACCAAGCCAAAGAACAAGAAGAAGAAGAAGCCAGCCAAGAAAGCCGCCGCUGCUGGCGAUGACGAGGAGAGCAGCGACGAAGAGUAG